AUGUCUGAAAAUCGUAGUCGUUCAUCACCAAGCAAUAUAACUAAUAAAACAUUUGAUGAUAUAACUCCAGAAGAAUUAGCUGAAUUACGAGAAGCUUUUCGUGUAUUUGAUCAAAAUGGUGAUGGAAGUAUAACACUUUCAGAAUUACGUAUUGUUCUUGAUCAAAUGGGUUUAGAUCCAACUGAAGAAGAACUUCAGGAUAUGAUUCGUGAAGUUGAUGAAGAUCAAAGUGGUACUAUUUCAUUUGCAGAAUUUGUUGAUAUGGUUAAAAAAGCAGUUGAUACAAACAAAAGUUCACGUGAAGAAUUAUUUCGAGCUUUUCAAGUAUUCGAUCUUGAUCAAAAUGGAUUUAUAACAAUGGAAGAACUUCGUACAGUUCUUCAAGCAACUGGUGAUCGUCCAACAGAUGAAGAUGCUCUCGAAAUGAUUGCUGAAGCAGAUAUUGAUGGCGAUGGACGAAUUAAUUACGAUGAAUUUGUACUAAUCAUGACCAAUAAUACAUCACCGAGAAAAUAA